GCGGUGAUUGUGAUUGUUUAUUGUUGAACUACACCGCAAUUUUUAUUUUGAGUUUUUCAGUGAAUUAAUUCAGUUUUCCAGAGAGAAAUUCAAACCCAUAUUUGUGAGUUAUAACCUAUGUCACAGCUGAUAUUUACAGCAAUAUUAGCAUUUCGCUUUCCUCCCGUUAAGACUUUAUUAUAAUGACAUCUCGACGUGGUCGUUUGAAUCUAUCUCUGAUUCGCCAACCAGUAGAUUCACCCAAAUCACCAAUCAAAAACAACCCAAAUUCAAAAACCGGCGAGUCGAAUUAUAUUAUGGAAUCGAGUUGUAGCACACCUUUAAACACAAGGAAGCGCAGCACUAAAACAAACGAUGGCUCACCACUCGCUCAUGACAGUGAGUGCUCUCCGGCUUUCCUUUUAUCGCAGGAUACCAGCAAUGUAGUUUCAGGUGUAUCCUGGGCAUGGAACAGCCCCAAAAGAGCAUCGUUGGUGGAAUCUAAAAGCAUAAGACCGCGUCCCUUGAUGAUGCAGAAUAAUGCAACUUCUACCUAUGAAGCCGAAUUUUCGCGAGCGCAAAAGAAAAAAAUAACUGAACGGCUAAAAGGAUUUAACAAGUUUCAAACUGAGUUGAAAAUAAUGCAAGAGUCCGAGAUGAAAACGCACAUGAAUGUAAACAAUCCAAUCGAAGACUGUUCAUCGAUUGUUAUUCAUCGGCCACAUGCGAAGAAUUGUUCGGAAGAACAGAAUAUUUUUGUUUCUUUUUCCAAAUCAAUCGCCGACUGUAAUAAAGUGAAACUGAGUACGUUUGAAAAUGAAGAAAAUGUAAGCAAUGAUACCUUGGUGCCUAAAUUUGACGACAGCUUGAAAUCAGUCAAAAUGGAUUCAUUCAACGAUUCUGAUUUGGAUAUUAUGUUGCUCGAAUCAAUUGAAAAACAAAGUGCUUUAAAAGUCGAAAAAGUUCCAAAAGGCAAACCAGAAAAGAGGAAAAGUUUGAUCAAAAGUCGAACGAUGGAUGACGUCGGUAGGUUGAAUGAUGUUACACUGAAUGAUUCAGAUUUCGACUCUCUAUUGAUCGAAGCUUCGCAAAUGGCUGAAGUUGCCGUAACAGUAAACUGCAAUGAAGACAGUGAAAACACAUGCCGCAACAACUCAAAAAAAGCUACCUCACUAAUAAGGCACAAGUCAAUGCCUGAGUCUCCAAGUCACAUCAAAGUUCACGUGUCUGCCAAAACAUUAGAACACAAUUAUUUGGACAUUCCGAGAAUAGUAGCAAAAUUGGGUGAAGUCCCUUGUUCGUCAAACAGUUUGGAGACGGCACCCGACAGCAGCGAUCGACAACCACAAACCGAAAAACGUAAAUGUACGAAAGAAGAAAUAGAGCAAAAACGUCAGGAAGCUCUUAAGCGUCAGCAAGCAAGACGCUUGAAGAUUCAAAUGCAGGAAGAAAUAUCGCAGAGCGAAGAUACAGAUACUACUGGUAUUCAAAAAUGACCAUAAAAUUUCUAUAUUUUUGUUAAAAUUAUGAGCACCUCUUAAAAAGAAUGUGUAAAUAAACAGUGUUAUAUAUGA